CACCCUCUCCCCACCUUCCCUGCACAGUUUCGGUUUUACUCUCUGACAUGAAAAACUUUCUGUGCGCAAGAAAACGUCUUUUUUUGUUCAGUCGAAAUAUUGCCAUUCCAGUCAGCGUAUUUUAGCUGAUUAUUCUCGCUGUUAGGUUGAAUAUGAACCAUUACCCUCUCAGGGAAUUUUCUCCUGUUUUCAGCUGAAGGUGUUCCCACAGGACUCCUCACAGCAUGGAGGAACAGGGUCACAGAGGGUGUGGGAUCUACCCGGGGUCAUUGGUUGCUAGGCAGGAAUGUUCCUUGGAUCAAUCACCAGUUAAUCCCAGGGUGAUGGGGUUCCAGGAGAUGCUGCUUGAGGUGCAGAAGUCUCUCGGGCAGGAUGAGGUGCUGGAUUUGGUCUUUCUCUGCACCGAUCUACUCAGAAAGGACCUCAGCAGAGUAGACACUGCCACUGAACUGUUCUCUCUGCUGCAGAAGGAGGACCUACUUUCCUCAAAUGACACCACACUUCUCCAAGAGCUGCUAACCAUCACCAGGCAAAAAAGCCUGCUUCAGAAGCUAUGUCUUCAAUGUUCACAGCUCUCAGUUUGUCAUAUCUCCAUGUACAGACGGCUGUUGUUUGAGUUGGCAGAGAACAUCUCUGAGGAUAAUCUAAGGGACAUAAAAUUCUUGUUGUUCAAGACUCUACCUCCCAAAAUACUGGAUAAAGACUUGACAAUGCUACAACUUUUUCGGGAGAUGGAAAAGGGAGGUCAUCUGGCUGCUGAUAAUCUAGACACUAUAGAAAGAAUUAUUGUCAGAGUUGUACCUUAUUUAAAAUCAACAAUCAGUCAGUUUAAAGAGAACAGUGGUGCUGGCACCAGUCCUCAGGAGACACCGUGGGAGAAUAGAACUAGUUUUCAGGAUUUUUCUGUAACUAAAAGGCCAGUUCAGCCAGAAACCAUACAUCAAAACAUGAACACUGCUUUUACUGCAGAGCAAGGUUUGGAAUCAGCAGAGAUGCUGUGCCCACCGUCUUUUUUGUCUUCGCAUCAGUCUGAGAUUCCAACCUUGGUGUCAUCUUUCUCAGGUGACAAUGUGGAGGGACAGAUUGCUAACCUGAGCAUCAAUGACACUUCCAACCAAGCUCAAUCUCACCAUGGUCGGUCAACAGAAGAAGUGAGCAUGAGCUCUUUUGACCCCUACCAACAAAGCACUUCGGAAGUGGAGAAGUAUACCAUGACAGGAAAUUGGAGAGGAUUUUGCAUGAUCGUCAACAACUACGACUUCUCAAAUAGUCCCAUUAAAUUAAACUACAGAGGGGGUACAGAUACAGAUGAGAAGAGAUUAUUGAAGGUGUUUAAAUGGCUGGGAUUUACGACAGAGGUGGUGCGGGACUGCAGUCGUGAGCGUAUGUUAAAGGCCCUACAAGAUCUGAAAAGUCGUGACCACGGAGAGGCUGACUGUGUGGUGUGCUGUGUGCUGUCUCACGGUUAUGAAGGUGGUGUUUAUGGGGUGGAUGGUGGGAAGGUGAAACUAAAGGAACUGAUGGAGCCCCUGGAUGGCUAUCACUGCCCCACUCUCAUUGACAAACCCAAGAUCUUCUUUAUUCAGGCCUGCAGGGGCAUAGAAAGACAGAGGGUGGUGUUCCUGCAGUCAGACAGUGAGAGCAACAGCAUGGAGCCUGAACUCUUCUCUGAUGCUAUAGUGCCCAGAGAGUCUGUACCUGCAGGGGCAGACUUCCUGAUGUCCAUGGCCACAGUGCCAAACUUUGUCUCAUACAGGGAGACAGUAAAUGGAACCUGGUUUAUACAGACACUGUGUAAGAGCCUUGAACAGCUGGUGCCAAGGGGUACUGAUCUGAUGUCCAUCCUGACGCAAGUAAACAAUGAAGUCAGCAAGAAGACCAGCAGAUCUGGCUUAGAAAAGCAGAUGCCACAGCCAGAAUUCACUCUGAGAAAGUUAAUCAUCUUCCCUGUUCCUUCAGACAUCUCUACAUCUUCCUUAAUAUAAUUUAACUGGAACUGUCAUGCCCUUUGUGUAAUUUAUGUGAAGACAACAUUCAGGUUUUGCAAACUGGACUCAUUUGCACAUUUUUGAUGGCAUCCUGCCAUAUUUACUUGUAAAACUUCACUCUACACAGCUCACAUAUAUUCUUCAUGUCCAUGCCAGCUGCCUUGUAGAAAGUACAAGUGACAGCUUGUAAAAAACCAAUUAUUAAACCCUCAAACUUGUCAUCAAUAAAUGGUGUUCUAUCCACUGAGCCAACCACUGUCCCCAUCCCUGUGAACCAAAUGUGCUGCUCAACCUGUCAACUAACAGUGGAGGAGGCAAAGAGGGGUGGCAGGACUGGAGUAUCCAGAUGCACAGACAGUGCAAACUUGUACACUUGCAGAGUGAGUUUAAGAACCCUCACACGCUUUGUAUUGCUAAAAGUGUACUGAGGCUUUCACAAUGAUUCUAUACAUUCCAAAAACACAUGAUUUUCUUCUAAGACAAAAAAACAAACAUAAUAUAUUUGUUGUUACGCAGAAACCUUUCAUCUCUAAGAGAAGAGAAAUAAAAAAAAAAGACUUUCAGUGUCAAUUUAAUGUAAAAAAAUAAUUUCAAGAAAUGUUGGAUAUAUUCAUCAUGAAAUAUUGACACAAUGUAAAAAACAAUUGCUAGAUUCAGUAUUUCAGUACUUAUUUUUGAUGUUGUUUGCCUGAAAUAUUUGUAUGCAUACUGUGUUUAUCACAUUUGUAUUUUCCAACUUGCAAAUGUAAAUAUUAAAUUAAUGUAAUACUGACCAAACAACAGAAAUUUAACACAGUUUAGAUUUUGUUGCUCUGAAUCGUGUUUGUAGGAACCUGAAUCCUGAACGUUUUUAAUCUCAAAUGAUCAACUAUUGGUCUCAUUAAAAUAUACAAUAUUACUUCUGAAUGUUUUUGUAAUGAAUAAAUGAGUAUAAAAAAUACUCAAUACUUGAUGUUUGAUGUACUAGAGUUUUACUUGAUGUUACAGGUAUGUGUUUGAAUGACUUAAAUGCCCUAUUUUUUUAAAUAUUGUGCCACAAUUAUCAUCUUUAAUUACAUUUAGAUAAUUUAUAUCUAUAGCAAACAUUUCUAUCCAGACUGUAAUUAAGUGCUGUCAUGAUUGACCCUGGUGUUGCACCUCCACAAGCAGCUGGGCUCACCUGUUUCCUAUAGUUUAAUAAGUUUCAAUAUUUAAGGACUUACCUUGUUUGUAUGUGUACGACAUUUCGAAGCAUUUGUUAAUUCUUCCUGUUUGUUGUGUUUGUCUUCUUGUUUCUGGUAUUUAUGACUAUCUUUCUGUAUUUUUGACUUUUGGAUUUGCCCCAGUCUGUACCGUUUGCCUGUGUUCUACUGUUUUUAGAUUAUUAAAAUCUGCAGUUGAAUCCCUUA